GCGAUAAUAGUUACCAAGCAUAUUCAUUAUAGCUAGACGCUUUUUAUCAAAUGUUUCUCGUCGAGGACCACAAAACGCACCGGAAGUAAACCACGUAGCACAAGUUUUGAGCGGCAGCCCAUCUUCGAGACCUCGAUCAGGCACUUCUACUAGGUUAUUGAAAAUUUCUGUUUUGACGAGGGCCAAACGUUUGUAAAUUCUUUUUUCCAAAUUAGUUGCAGUACACAAUUCUACCUUUAUCAACUAAGGAUAUCAUUUAGAAAGUGGUUUGCCUUCCAACAGCUUACCUCGUCACUUUCAAGGCAGAGUAAACCGCUUGAUAUUUGCUUCUUUUAAUGCACGGUCCAGAUGCCAUUUAAAACAUAAUACAAGUUCACCAAAGUGAUAGCAAGCCUGCUUAUUUGUCUCAAUUAAGAAUGUGUCUUAAAUAGUUGUGGGAGGCACGGUGGUCUCAUGCUUAGUGCGCUCUACUCCGGAGCGAACGGUCCGGGUUCGAGCCCGGACUGGGGACAUUGUGUUGUGUUCUUGAGCAAGACACGUUACUCUCACAGUGCCUCUCUUCACUCAGGUGUAUAACUUGGUACCGACGAAUUUAAUUAAUGCUUUGGGGUAACUCUCCGAUGGACUUGCAUCCAUCCAGGAGGGAGUAGAAAUACUCCUGGUCGCUUCAUGCUACUGAAACCGGGAUAUGCUCCGGCCUGAUGCGCCACUUGGCUCGCCUGUAGACUUUACCUUUAAUAGUAUUCCUCAGGGUUGGGCUUAAAUGAAAGGAAACAUUAUUGUAAGGAUAAACAUCUUAACUUGACCUCCCUACAGGUGGUACUCGAUUCAUCAGAGCGUUCAAGAAAGCGUUCGAGAUCCUAAAAAACACCUUGAAGUCUUCAACGAAGUCAAUCGCUGCCAGGCCCUCCAUGAUUCUCUUGCUCACGGACGGUGCACCUAAGCCAAGAGAGGCUGAAGAUAAAAGUUUACAUGCGAUAACGAAGGAGUUUGCACUGUUUAAACACGAGUAUAGUGACACCAACUUAAAAUUACUGGCAUUGCUGUUUGGAAAGGACAAAAACAGUGUACAGUUCAUAAAGACGCUGACUCAGCAAACGGUAAAGACAUAAGAUUCAAGUCGAUAUUAUCAGUAUACGGAGGUGCGGUGGCCUAGUGGUUAGCACACUGAACUUCGGAUCGAGUGGUGUGGGUUCGAGCCCUUGCCUGGGUCGCUGUGUCGUGUUUUUGGGCAAGACACCUUACUUUCACAUUGCCUCUCACCACGAACCUAGGUGUAUAAAUGAGUACUAGCGAAUAUAAUGCUUUAGAGGUGACUCUUUGAUGGAGUAACAUCCCGGGCCGCAAGUCAAAUAAAGGUCAAUGAAUGAUAAAACAAAAUGUUCAAUUCAUCAGGAUAUUGUAUAUAAAUCUCUAACGUGGAACUCAUCUAAACUGAAACCAAUGGCCUAAAAAUUGAUGAAAAACUUGUUUCUAUCUUACCUUAAUUAAAUGGUUCCCUCUUUGGCUUAUUUUGAACCCCUAUAUGCAUUAGAUAAUUUUAGACUGUCAGUUAGCUUUGCUGCUUGAUUGACUGGUCGAUUGAUCGAUUUUGUUUAUUAGCUCUCUCGGUUACAGGGUAGUGAUAUAAUAAACCUAGAGAAUGCUCACCUUAAAUAACCUGUUUCACAGAAUGGAAUAUCAAUGGCUGCCUCGGGCAAGAAGGAUCCUUAUUCCAAACUCAAAGCGUACUUCGAUUACCUGAUGGAAGUCACUCCAGCUAAAGAGAGCGAGGUCGUGUUCUCUCCACCUUAUUUGGACUCAUGGGGACUGGGUAUGAAGGCUAAUGAUAUUUAUUUAACUUCAUUCUCAUCUUCAGACCCCACUCUCAGGCUUUGUGCCUGUAGACGAGACCUAGAAUCUUGCAGGUUAUAAGAGCUAGUUUAGUAUCGAGUUUUAUGAAUUAUUGCGACUGUCGUUCUGUCUCAUCUUAUUUUGACUAUAUUUUCAAUGCAGCUUCUUCCACACUCCUCCCUCCCCACUUCCAUUGCUUAUAGUAGAGCAAGUUCCCCUCCAAAAGGGCUCGGCGGAGAGUGCGAGGUAGGAGCUAAAACAGGCCAUCAUUUGAUCUUUGAGCAGCUACUUUUGAAUGAAGCUCGGGGAUAGAUUAAAAGACAUGGAUAAUCUGACAAAAAUUGAAGUGCCGCUUAUUUCGGAACUAGCUUUUGGUGUUGUUAUUAGUCAAUCUUAUUUUACUCAGGUUUAAUGGUAACAGCAGCAAGUGCUUACUUUCAUGGCAACAAACUCCGUGGAGUGGCUGGAGUAGAUAUUGUCAUGACCGAUAUGUUGUCAGAUGUGCAGUACUUUAACCAAGCUGGUCCAAAAUCCUACGCUUUCCUGUUUCACGCCAAAACUGGGUUCACGCUAAGUCACCCAAACCUUCCCACACCAGAGGCUAUCACUGAAGAACCCAACUUGGUAAAUAUUCUAGGACUUGAACAGGGAAAGGAAUUCAAGAAAUUGCUGGAAGACGUUCAGAGGACAGGCCGAUUAAAGCGCGUAACAGAAAAGACGGCUUGUCUUGCUACGUUGGAGAAGACGUUAAAGAGGAGAAAGCGUUCUAUUUCAAGAGGUGGCAUGCUGGGAGAUGGAGUUCAAAUGGAACAAGUGGAUUACAAGUAUUCAUGCAUGCCUGUUGCUGUUGGAGAACUGAACAGGAAAGACUACAUCGUGUGUGUUGCCUUGGAGAAAGGGGAUACUGAAGCCAGUUUUAAAUCUUUAUUUAUCGAAAACCAAAUGUCACAUGCUCCUGUUACUUAUCACCGGAUGGAUGUUCUACCAGAAGCUAAGACAUGUUAUUACACAGACACUGUCUCUUAUGCAGAUCGCUCGGUGAUCAAAUUCUCCACGAAAGCUUUAGAAGAUCCAUCAAAAUACCUGGAGGCUGAGGAAAGCGCAAAAGCUGUUAAAGAGUAUGUUGAGCAGAUGAUAGGAAGAGCCCACUUCUCUGAGGAAAGCGAAGUAUUUGCUGAAGAUGCAGUAGUGACAGCUAUGCUAACCUCACUAAUGGAUGAAACUUGGUUCAGUGCGGUUAAUCAGAAGGAAUACCUAAGGAAAUUUGUACGUCGUUACAUUGGAACUUACAAUGGCGUCCUACGUCUGUUUCCUGGAGCACCACUGCCAACAAAGUUUGAUCAUAUCUCUCGACCGUGCCCGAGAUCGCUUCUGACUCUGGGGAGGAUGAAUAUAUUUUUGUGUCAAGUACUCUUUCAUCACUUGACUUAUGUAUGUUUUAUACAAAUUCAUUCAAUCUUUUUUAGGUUUAUUCGCGCCGUUGCCAAUGAAGGUUCAGCGUCAUUAACAGCUCCAUAUCUCGAUCCUUUGGGAGCGGGCUUCAUCGUGUCGAUCAGUCAAUCACUAAAAACGGCAUAUGGCAAGAAAAACCUCUUUGGAGUCAUCGGUGCUGACCUAACUGUCUCAAACUUCGGCGCCAUGUUGAGAAAACACAUCGGGAAACGAUGUUUGGGUUCUGGCAAUAAGCUGCACUGCUUUCUCGUGGAUUCGAGUGGUUAUAUUGUCUAUCAUCCAAACUUUGAUAACGCGUACAAUGACUCCAGCAAGGUUUUGAAUAAACACAUCACUGUGGUAGACGCUGUAAUUGCGCGUGGCAUGAUCAGAAGUGGAGUGAUGGUCAGACGGGAAUGCCAGAAUUUUAACCUUUUGAAGCUACAGAGAUUCUACGAGGUAGCUUGUUUUCUGCAGUUUCCCUGGUCCCCAGUAUACUAACUUCAGAUGCAAAAAAAUCAUAAGAUGGACUGGUCGCGCGCGUCUCCCACCAAUGUGACCCGGGUUGGAUUCCGGCAAGGUGCCAUACGUGGGCUGCGUUUGUUGUUUGCUCUCGCCUUUCUCGGAGUGUUUUUCUCCGAGCUCUCUGGUUUUCUGCCCUUCAUUAAAACCAACAUCUCCAAAUUCCAGUUCUACCAGGAUAGAGGACCUACAUGAAAACCAGCUCAGGCUGAUGUGGCUUUCUCUUUAAAUUUUAGAGAACUUAAGCAAUGACCACCGCGACCCUGAGGAUAACGCCUAGUAAAAAAACAAAUUUAUAUUUUACCCUCGAAUUUUGCAAAUGUCCAGAUAUCUGUUCAGAGCCUCUAUUGGUCUCAGAACUUGCCUAAGCUUAAUAUGAAAUGUCAGCAUUCAAUCCACCGUAGGAAAAAAGAUGGCGACUGGUACAUUUACCCAUAGUUCUUAGCGCACUAAAACCUUAACAACGUUCAUAAAAACGCACAGAAACGUUAUACAAUCUUCAAACUUAGGCUACUUAAUGUCCUUAGUACAGGG